GGGGCCGGGGCCCGUGACGUCCCGCCUCCGGCCCCGCCCGCGCUGCCCGGAGCCCGCGCGCCUGCGGUCGCAGUUUGGCGGUGUUCGCGUCCAUGGCAGCUGCGCUGCUCGCCCGGGCCUGCGGCCCCAGCCUCCGAGCUCUGCGUCCUCGGGACUGGCGUCAGUUGCACACUAUCUACCAGUCUGUGGAACUUCCCGAGACGCACCGGAUGCUGCGUCAGACGUGCCGGGAAUUUGCCGAGAAGGAGCUGGUUCCCAUUGCCGCCCAGGUGGACAAGGAGCAUCGCUUCCCGACAGCCCAGGUGAAGAAGAUGGGCGAGCUCGGGCUUCUGGCCAUGGAUGUGCCCGAGGAGCUAAAUGGUGCCGGCCUUGAUUACCUGGCCUAUGCCAUUGCCAUGGAGGAGAUCAGUCGGGGCUGUGCCUCUACAGGAGUCAUCAUGAGUGUCAACAACUCCCUCUACUUGGGGCCUCUCCUGAAGUUCGGCUCCAAGGAGCAGAAGCAGCUGUGGAUUACCCCUUUUACCGGUGGUGACAAAAUUGGCUGCUUUGCACUCAGUGAACCAGGGAAUGGCAGCGACGCAGGAGCCGCCUCCACCACCGCCCGAGCGGAGGGCGACUCGUGGGUCCUGAACGGCACCAAGGCCUGGAUCACCAACGCGUGGGAGGCCUCCGCCACUGUGGUCUUUGCCAGCACAGACAGAUCCUUGCACAACAAGGGCAUCAGUGCCUUCUUGGUUCCCAUGCCGACGCCUGGGCUCACGCUGGGGAAGAAGGAAGACAAGCUGGGCAUCCGGGCCUCAUCCACGGCCAACCUCAUCUUUGAGGACUGCCACAUCCCCAAGGACAACCUGCUGGGGGAGCUGGGGAUGGGCUUCAAGAUAGCCAUGCAAACCCUGGACAUGGGGCGCAUUGGCAUUGCCGCCCAGGCCCUGGGCAUCUCCCAGGCCGCCCUCGAUUGUGCUGUGAACUAUGCCGAGAAUCGCAAGGCCUUCGGGGCCCCCCUCACCAAGCUCCAGAGCAUCCAGUUCAAGCUGGCGGACAUGGCCCUGGCCCUGGAGAGUGCCCGGCUGCUGACCUGGCGUGCUGCCAUGUUGAAGGAUAACAAGAAGCCUUUUACCAAGGAAGCAGCAAUGGCCAAGCUGGCUGCGUCGGAGGCUGCAACUGCCAUCAGCCACCAGGCCAUCCAGAUCCUGGGUGGCAUGGGCUACGUGACAGAGAUGCCGGCCGAACGGCACUACCGCGACGCGCGCAUCACUGAGAUUUAUGAAGGCACCAGCGAGAUCCAGAGGCUGGUGAUCGCUGGGCACCUGCUCAAGAGCUACCGGAGCUGAGCCCCACUCAGGUGUCAGGCUGACCUGAGGACCGAGGGGAAGGGGGCAGGAGCCAUGAGGCCUUAGCCCUGGCUCCCAUCAGGGAUGCUGGGGGGGGGGGGGGUGGACAGGCGGAGGGCGUGCCUGCCCUCUGCUGUGGACUCACCUGUUGCCCUCACUCUGCCCGCCCCAGACCAGACUGCCUGGGGGUUAAGUCUGGGAGAAAGGAAAGGCGAGGGGCAGUGGCCAGCAUCGGAGGACACCCAUCUUCAGCUCGGUUUUUUGGCUCUGCUACCUUUUCACAACCGUGCCUUGUUUUCUUCAUCUGAGUGGCCCUGGCCUCCUGGCGGCUGAGUUACCACCAUGGGGCCCCCAUUUCCUUUCUCAGGUGGGCCAGGCUCUUGGCAGUGUCUGCUCCUCUCCCUGAGGUCGGGAGUCAGGGGGAGGAGUUGGCUGGGGGCCAGAAUGACCGGGCCUCAUUGUAGCACAAGUUGUGUUCUCCUCAGGGUUCCCAGGGACGUCUCGGGAAGGCUGUGUGGCUGGGUGACUGUGGACGACCUGGCGCCCCAUAACCCUGUACUUUGUGUGGGAAGGGCUCCGAAUCACUCUUCGGGACAAUUGAGCGUGGAAACUAAUAAAGAAUACCUGUGCUCUGGUC